AUGCGCUUCGAAAUACGUAGCCGGCGGCAGCUUUUCCCAUCGCGACUUCUUCUCUUGGUGACGGCCCUUGGGUCCUCAUCGCUUGUUCCGGCGGCUUUAGCAGAUGGCAGUCCUCAGGAGCCGUUAUGGUCGUUCGUGGACCCUUUGAUCGGUACUGUCGGCCCACGCCCUGGUUCUGCUAUUGCAGGCGGGAACUCGUUCCCGGGUGCGAGUCUACCGUGGGCGAUGGCGAAGCCUGGAAUUGAUACGAGCUACAUAGGGCUUCCAAACGGCAGUGCAGUGGACGCCAAUGCUGGAUACACGCCUCUCGGGAACGUGACGGCCGUGAGCAUGACCCACGUCAGUGGAUCUGGGGGAGCACCAACUUAUGGAUUGAUAUCGCAGAUGCCGCUCUUUGGCGACCUAUCCUCUGUGAACCUCGCCGACAAUAUGACCUAUGCCCAAAAUCGUAGUCUGGACUCGGAGUCUGCAACAGUGGGCCUCUUCACUACGACUCUGCAGAACGGCAUCAAGAUCGAGAUCACUUCCGGCAAUCACACCGGGUUCAUGCGAUACACGUUUCCGCAACUAGAAGCGACUAUGGUCAAUGGAUCCACCUUGGAUGUAAAUCCGAGAAUAACAGGAGCUCGCGCAGCCAACGGACAGGAUGCGCACGUACUUGUAGACCUCACGCACGUGCUUCCAGCGUACUCAUCUAUGGCCUACUCGCAAAGGUUCCUGCGCGGGAAGCUGCAUGUUCCAUCUUCCUCUAAUGCGUUGCCGUCAUACCAUGGGUCUGCAACCUACACGGGCGGCUGGCCGCAGCCUGAUUCUCACACGAUCCACUUUUGCGGGAACUUCAGUGUUCCUGCGAGCUCUGUGCUAACUCCAACAUCCGACUAUGUGCAGCGAGAGCGUUCGAGCAUCGCCUCCGGUGUUGGCACGUUCAGCUGGCCAUACAAUCCUUUUUCGCCUCCAAGCUUCAAUUCCCGACCGGUUCCCCGGGGAUAUUCUGAUGUGCGAUCUUACUCUGGAAGCGGAAUGGGCCUUGGUGCUCUGUUCAGCUGGUCGCCAACCGAGAGAGUGAACGGCACCCUUACACUUGAAGCCAAAGUAGGCAUUUCGUACAUUAGUGCUGCCCAAGCAUGCGCGCACGUAGAAAACGAACUUCCUAAUCAGAAAUCCUUUGAGGACGUCGUAGAACAAUCGAGGCAGGAAUGGACUGAUAAGGUACUCAGCAAGAUACAGAUCGGAGACGAUGGUGACGCGACAAGCAACAAUGCAACACUUAAGCGAAUGCUAUAUUCAGCUCUGUAUCAGACAGGCCUGAUGCCAACUGACAAAACGGGCGAGUGCCCUGUAUGGGAGUCAAGUGAUUCCAAGCCAUACUAUGACGAUCAUUAUACGCUGUGGGACACGUACCGGACCUUGUUACCCCUGUACCAUCUGAUCUUCACAAAACCCUACUCCCGUGUUCUAUCUGGACUCAUCUCAAUCUUCACCGAAGAGGGUUUCCUACCCGCCGGUCGUGCAGCGAAUUGGAAUGGACGUGUUCAAGGGGGCACGCACGCAGAUACCGUCUUAGCAGACAGUUUCGUGAAGAGCGUCCGCGCACUAUCCGGUGAGACAGGCCGCGGCGAGCUCGACAUUGCAAUCGAUUGGGAGGAGGCUUACAAGGCGGUGAUGAAAGACGCUAACGUAAUGCCUGAGCGCAAUGUCGACCCAGUAGUAUUUGAUGGGGCCACCAAGGAAGGAAGAGGGGCACUGGACGACUAUCUCUCGCUUCGAUUCAUCACGCGCAACCACACCCGCAGUAUUUCUCGUGGCGUCGAGUACCCGCAGAACGAUUUCGCUAUCUACAGCAUGGCAUAUGGACUUGAAAAAUCUCAAAAAGAGGUCGAUCAAAUGCGCGAUCGCGCGAGCUGGUGGCAGAAUCAAUGGAAUCCCACGGCGAACACGACCCUUGACGGUAUUGGCACAUUCACCGGCUUUCCAGGUCCCAGAAACGCAGACGGCACGUGGAACCUCACUGCUUACGACCCAUUAAGCUGCGGAACUUGCGGUUGGGAUGCUGACAUAUACGAGGCCAAAGUUUGGGAGACUGCAUUUGGUGUCGCCCCGCACGACAUGGCCAAAGUCAUAGAUCUGAUGGGUGGUGACGAGGCUUUCGUUCGUCGGCUAGACGCCAGUUUCCUCCCCGGUUUCGGCACAUCGGUAGGCGCGAACAAUGAUGCCGGCUCCGCUCUUUUCAAUCCUGGCAACGAACCAUCUUUCACAACGCCGUUUCUCUACAAUUACGUCCCUGGCAUGCAUUGGAAGACGGUCAAUCAGACACGAGCCACGGUCGACACCUUUUACAACGACGCCCGCAAUGGUUACCCGGGAAACAUUGACGGCGGUGCUCUACCCAGCUGGCUGAUUUUCAAUCUUGUAGGCAUGUACCCUGUGGCUGGGCAACCGCUCUAUCUCCUUUCUGCGCCUCGUUUCUCCCAGCUGAACGUUUCGCUCUUCAGCGGAACGGCAGUAGAGACAUCGUUGACUGUUCUGGCACGGAAUCUGUCAAGCACAAGCUAUUACCCGCAGAAGGUCACCUGGAACGGGCAAGAACUCGACCGAGCUUGGCUAAAACAUGGAGAGAUUGCGCAGGGAGGUGAGCUUGUGUUCUACAUGGGCGAAGCGCCUAGUAAGUGGGACAUCGGUGACCGGCCGUGGUCGUUGUCGGCGUGGUCAUAA